CCAAGAAUGAAAUCGAUAAAAAUCUAUCGAUAUAAUCCAGAAUCUAAAAAACCAGCAUGUCUUCAAGAAUACAGUAUCAACUUAAAUCAAUGUGGAAAAAUGGUACUGGAUGCUCUGGGAAAAAUUAAAACUGAAAUAGAUCCUACACUUACAUACAGGCGUUCGUGUCGUGAAGGAAUUUGUGGCUCGUGUGGAAUGAAUAUAAACGGAGAAAAUAAGUUGGCUUGCACUACAGCUAUACCAGAAUCAGGUGUCUUAACUAUUUAUCCAUUGCCGCAUAUGUACGUCAUUAAAGAUCUGGUGACUGAUAUGUCGCACUUUUAUAGACAAUACGCUUCUAUAGAGCCUUGGCUACAAAGAGGAGACUUAUACGAAAUGGGCGAUGAGGAAUAUUUGCAAAGUAUUCGCGACAGUGAAAAAUUGAAUGGGGCCUAUGAAUGUAUAUUAUGUGCUUGUUGUUCGGCUGCUUGCCCGUCUUACUGGUGGUCUGGUGAAGAAUAUUUGGGGCCAGCAGUUUUAUUGCAAGCGUACAGAUGGAUAAUCGACAGUAGAGAUGAAGCCACUGAAAGACGUUUGAAACAGAUGCGUUGCCGAUUUGCAGCCUAUGGAUGCAGAAGCAUUAUGAACUGCGCUAAAACUUGCCCUAAAGGUUUGAAUCCAGCCGCGGCAAUAGCUAAGAUAAAACUGAUGUUGGCCGGGUGCGCUGAAAAGGAGGAACCUGAUUUAGCAGCAAAUGCUUCUAGAGGGAAAGGCCGCUGUAAGGCAGCUAUGCCAGAAAAAUGCGAAGAUGACGAUGAUGAGCCAGAAGAACCAGAGUGCAAGGAAGAAAAGAAACCUAAAUGCAAAAAGGAGAAAAAGUCUAAACCGAAAUUCUGCGUAGAAGACAAAAAACCAAAAUCCAAAGAAGAAAAAAUACCUGAAUGUAAAAAGGAAAAGAAACCUAAACCAAAACCCAAGCCAAAGAAAUGCCCAGAACCUAAACAAGAAAAAGCACCAGUUUGCAAAGAAGAUAAGCCACCAAAAUCCGAAGAGAAAUGCGCAACAAAACCCAAAAAAGAAGCCGCUCCAAAAUGCAAAGAAAAUGAGCCACCUAAAGAGAAAGUACCAAAAUGUUUAUUAGAGGACGAACCAAAAUGCGACGAGGGACAAGCAUCAAAAGACAAAAUGAAGAAGUCUCCAAAAAGAAAAAAGGACAAAGUUCCUAAAUGUAAUUUGGAUAAAAAAGACGAUUGCGAUUAA